CGUGGCCGAAACGAUGGCACACAGUGGGAAGGAGAGGUCCUUCGAUGUCCUGAUGUCCUCCCUCUCUCUCUCUCGCUCUCGCUCUCCUAGUUUAUAAAAUAAAAUAAACCCUAGACAAGACGAGCCUCUUCUGAUCUAUUUGGAGAAAAAAUCAUCUUAUCUUUCUAUUGAUUCCCUAUUCUUCAGGGUUUCCGGGCUGCCAGCCUAAAGAGAACUGAUAGAUAGAGCAUGAGCACUCUUGGGUUGAAACGACCUCUGAAAGGGUACGUGAGGGACGCUCGUCGGAGGAAGAUGGUACURGACGUCGACCUCAAUGAUACACCUCCUGGUGAAACUAGGGCUCAGGAGGAUACAUCUUCUGGUGUCGGUCAUCAGGAUGUAGGAACUAGUCAACAAGGGGGAGGGGUUUUGCCACCCGCGCCAAUUGAUGUUGAGGCCAUAGAUGAUGAUGUUCUGAUAUCGUCCCCAAGGAGCUUUGCUGAAGCUAGAAACAAAUCCAGGAGGAAUCAAGGGGUAAUGGUAAUUCUUGAUGAAGAUUCUGAAGUGCAUCAAGGUAGCUCAGAGGAACCAAUCACUCGGUUGGCUCUUAAUAGCUACAACAAGCGCAGACGAGUUCCACCAAACCAGACAAUUAUUAACUGUGAGCUUUACAUAAACUUGGAAGGCAGCCAUAGUGCAAAGAGAAAGAAUGAUGUUAAACCUCCAGAACUGCCACGACCGAGUGCGCCACCACCACCAAAGGAACCCACCUUCAGUUGCCCAGUUUGCAUGGGUCCACUCGUUGAAGAGAUGUCAACCAAAUGUGGCCACAUCUUCUGUAAGAAGUGUAUCAAGGCUGCUAUUCAAGCUCAAAGUAAAUGCCCUACAUGUAGGCGAAAGCUAACAAUGAAGGACAUGAUAAGGGUUUAUCUUCCAGCCACCAGUUGAGCUUUUGCUCUUAGUACACAUAAUUGUAGUUGGAUUCUCAGGUUCUCAGCUGAUAUAGUUGAGUAAAGCUUUGGGGGGUUUUAUUUAUUACUUUCAUGCCAGUCAAUUGGUCUCUCAUACGCCAUCUAUUUUGUGUAAAGCUUAGCGUGAAUGAGAAUCAUUAUUUUGGAGGUCCACGUUUGUCUUACUUGGUUGAUUAAAAGAAGAAAUGCGAGCCUUUUAUAUCUUACAACCGGUUGUUUA